AUGGAAGAAAAAGAAAAUACUGACCAGGAUACUAAUAGUGAAGAAGAAACUAGUGAAAGCAGUAGUGAUGAAGAAGAGAUUUUAGAUGCAAUUUCAGAUAAGGACUUUUUCAAAACGCUUAGUUGCCUUAAAGUCAAGGAUCCAAGUAUAUAUGAUCAUAAUGUUAAUUUUUUCCCGAACUCAGUCAAAAAUGAAACAAAAAAGAAAAAGAAAGAAGAUGGUGAAAAAUCAGUGUUUGUUAAAGACUAUGUAAUUGGAGUUGUUGAUGAAGAAUCUGAUGAUGACUCCAAAACACCUAAACCUUUAACAUAUGUUGAAGAACAAGAAGCUACUAAGAAUUUUUUUAAAAAUCAAUUGAAUAGUGAUUCAGGUUCUGAUGAUGAAAGUCGGGAAGCAUUGAUGAAGGUUAAAGUAAAAAAUGAAAAGACUAAAGAAGAGGAAGAAGCUGAUUAUAUUCAGUUUCUUAAAGGUGUAAAGUCAGAAUUAGGUGAUAAGGAGGAGGAGAAAAAACUGAAGCCCCUCCAUGAUUUUUGGAACAAUAAAAAUUUAGAUGAAAAUGAGCAGUUUUUAAAAGAUUUCAUAUUGAAUAGGAGAUAUUUAAGUGAAGAAUCAUCUACUAUCCCUAUCAAUGAAAAUUUAUCUGAAGAUGAAAGAGAAUUAGAAGAGCAAGCUGAAUUUGAAGACCGAUACAAUAGGAGAUUUGAAACAGAAGAAAAUCUUCAGAUUAAGAGGUUUCCUAGACAAGUUGAAGGAUCACUAAGGCGUAAAGAUGAUUCAAGGAAAAAGAAAAGAGUGGAAAUUGCUCAAAGAAAAAAAGAGGAGAAGGCUAAGAAAACCCAAGAAAUCAAGAAAAAGCAAAAAGAAAAACUGGUCGAGAUUGAAGAAAAAAUCAAUCAAUUAAAAGAGGCAACUGACAAUCUAAAAUUUAAUUAUGAUGAUGAAGAAAUAUUAGAAGAUUUUGAUGCUGAAAAACAUGACCAAAAGAUGAAGGAACUAUUUAAUGAAGAUUAUUAUAAUCAGGGGGAAGAGGAACAUCCUGGAUUCAAUGAAGACGACUAUAAUUGGGAUUAUGGAGAUAUAAAUAUGGACUGCGAAGGAGAUAAUUUUGAGGAAGAAAAUAAGAAACUUACUAGGACAAAGAAGAAGAAACUUAAAAAGAAAAAGGCGUUUAAUGAUAUUAUGGAUAUCGCUAAACCUUCAUUUGAUCCAACUGUCCAUAAUGAUUUUAAAAAGUACUUCGAUGAAUAUUAUAAUCUUGACUGUGAGGACUUCAUUGAUGAUCUACCUUGUAGAUUUAAAUACAGAGAGGUUGUUCCAAAUGAUUAUGGAUUAUCUGUUGAAGAAAUAUUAAUGGCUGAUGAUAGUGAGUUGAACAAGUGGGCUUCUGUUAAAAAGAUCAUUAAAUAUCGUCCAGAACAUGUUGAAAAGAAUGAGGUAAAGAUAUAUUCAAAGAAAGCUAAAGAUGAAAAUUUGAAAAGAAAACUGUUUUCCAGUUUGUAUUCUGAAGACAAAGAUGAUUCACUACAGGAGAGUUAUACUUCUGAUAUGAAUACUAGCACAAACAGUAAAAAAAAGAAAAAGAAGUUAAAACAAGCUUUAGGCAGCCAGGAAAACAUUGAAUCUCAUGAUCCAGAGGAGGAUAACAUAAAACCUAAGAAAAACGGUGAGAGUAAUCUCUUUGAGUCAAAUAGUAUUUCAAAUAUGGCAGAAAAAAAACGAAAACGAAGCCAUAAAAAUGAAGAUGAAAUUCCAUCAGUAAUUAAUAAUGAAAAUAAUUUUAAUAGCAAUGAUGACUUCCCAGCUGACAGUUCUCAGACAGCAGAAAAAAAUUAUGAUGAAUUUUUAGAAGGCCGAGAUUCGCUUUUGAGAAAUUCAGGCAAGAAAAAAAUUAAAAAACAAAAGACUGAUAAACCAUCCUUAGCGCUUGACAAUGGUAUAUUAGAUGGAAAGGAAGGAAAUGAUAGCUUGAUAGUUCCAGAAGAUAGGAAGGAUUCAAGUGUUAAUAAGAUGGAGAAUGCUACUUCUCAGGAGCAUGGGCCAAGUUUUCCGAAAAAGAAAAAGAAGAAAUCAGGACAGCGAGAUGUCAAUAAACCCUUUUCACAAGAGAAUAUUAAGGCUGGUGUUGCUAACAAGGAUGGAAAUGGUAGACCAGGCAAUUCAAGAAAUGGUAAGAAUUUCAAAGGUGGUUUCAAACAAAAAAAGACUAGAGACAUAACAGACCUUUCAGAUAACAGAUUACUUGCUUAUGGUUUGAAACCUAAGCAGUUUAGGGCCAAGAUAAAGUAUUCUAAAAAUAAUAAUACUUCAUAA